AUGGCCCGCAAAAUGGCGCCGGACACGACGCCCCGGCGACCUGCCCACAGCACGUGUGCGAUGCCUGUGCGCAACUGCUGCCUUGGGUGCCAGGGCCCGAUGCAGGGUCCCUGCGGGCCGCUCGGGUGUCGCUUUGACCCUUGCCCCCAGGUGGGCCCCUGCUGCGUGCACGCCAUUGGAGCCAACUGCCGAGGCCCUUGCGGCGAACUAGGUUGUAUUCAUGGAGCCCGCUGCGGCGUGGCCGGCUCCUUCUUCAGCUGCGGCCAUGGGUGCAUCGGCGGCUGUACCGGAGGCCUCUGCGCUUCGUGCUGUGGCCCCAAUUGCGGA